AUGAGAUUCAGCCAUGUUAGGUGGACGCUGCAGGGACGUGGAUGUUAGAAUUGGAAACAAACAUGCCUAAGGAGGAACUCGACUAUGAACUAAUGGAAUUAAAAGAGGAGAGGAGAGAGAGCUGUCCACUGUUUUAUCCGGCUAGUGAUCCCUCUGCUCCUGUAUCUUCACCAUCUUCUCAAAGUCCAUCUCUGUCGGCCUAUGAGUUGCCUCAGUUCAUGGAAACACUUGGAGCAUCAUCUAGUGCCAGGAGUGGCUCGUCCGGCGAAAUCAUGAUUAUUAACCCCACCACCUCCCUUCCCAUUAGCAUCAGUCAGCCGAGCGCUAGUGUGGAAGCUAGUGUUGCGCCGGUUUCGACUGCCACCAAUGAAAAAACACCCGCAUCCUCAGCAGCCGCAAGGCGAAGGAUCGAGGCUAACAUGCUGCGCCGAGGCAAAGUUUGGGACCACUUUAAGUGCCUCCACGAAGGGCGAAUUGCAAAGUGCAAAUUAUGCGGCAAGGAAGUGAGUAGGGGGAGAGUGGUGGGUCAUUUCACUAGUGCCGGUAUGAACCUACAUCUGAAAAGACACCACAAGUCUAUAUUUCUCAAGGAUGAAGCAGAAAAAGAAAGUAAUAGGGCAGGCAACAAGUCCACGGGUACUGUAACAGAUUCUGCGCAGUUCUCACCGCCUUCCAGCAGCGUCACCACUACCACCGCUAGGCAGAACAGGGGGAAUGUGGAGAACAUUGCCUAUAGUCGUCAGAGGCAGGGGAGACAGGGACGUGUGCACCAGCCUAGUCUUAGUAAUUUAGUUGGAUUUCAUUUCAGGGACAUGUCAAAACAGCAGUCUAACAAAAUUACCCACCUGAUUGCUCAGUUGAUCGCUGUAGGGGGAGUUUCUUUUUCCACGAUAGAAGGGGAGCCCUUUAAGCAUCUGAUACAGGCCCUUGUUCCGCAAUAUGUCAUUCCCACGCGAUCUAAUUUCAGCAGGAUCAUAAUCCCAUCACUAUACCGUUCCUAUGUGGUAAUAGUGAAGAUGGAGCUGGCUAAGGCAGUAGGUCAGACGAUACACUUCACCACAGAUUUAUGGAGUGCUCCAUCUAUCCAAUAUGCCUUCCUCUCCUUGACGGCACACUGGUGGCAACCCUCGGUACCUGGGUAUGGGGGUAGUGGAGUAAAUCCAUCUUUAGCAGCAUGCCAGGCUGGGAGUGGAUCUGUAGGAAAGCAGGGCUAUCGAUCUCUCCUGCUACAUGCUGAAGUCAUGGAUGAAGACCACAGCUCAGAAAACAUCUUGCAGGCAGUCAGACGAAUGGUAGCAAAUUGGUUGGGAGAGCAGGAAGGCAUCAAUGUGCACAUUGGGUUCAUGGUCAACAACGGAGCUCAUAACAUGGUCAAAGCUCUGCAAGAUGGUUCCUUUGUAGAUGUGCGCUGUUCUGCACACAUUCUACAUCUUGUAGUGAAGGGUGCAAUUCCUGAUGGCAACACAAGAGUGGCAACAAUACUUGAUCGUUGCAGGAGGAUAGCCGGGCAUUUCCACCGUAGUGUGAAGGAUAGCCAACUAUUGAGGCAUGAACAAGAAAAAACAGGGCUUCCUACACACUGUCUGCGACAGGAUGUCAGCACGCAGUGGAACUCCAUUUUAGACAUGCUGGAAAGAAUUUUGGAACAGCAGAUGGUAAUCCAUAGUCUAUCUUCUGACCAGUACAUUGGUAUUGAGUCCCCACUGGGGCGUGAGGAUUGGACAAUAAUAGGACAGUUAGUGGCAGUCCUGAAACCAUUUAGGGAUGUCACAGAUAAUUUGUGCCACAGUACUGCUAGUUUAGGACAGGUCAUCCCCAUGUUCACCCACCUCAUGAACAAGAUGGAUGCUCUCCUGGAAAACAAUGAACUUGUUGCUGGUGACACACUCCAGUCCGAUGUAGCAGCAGUAGUCAGGAGGCUGAAAGUUCUCCUCAAAGCUCGUCUGAGCGAACGAGUUGCCAAUUGCCCUGAACUGAUGCUAGCUUCCCUUUGUGAUCCUAGGAUUAAGGGGAAACUGGCACUCCAAUCCAACAGUCUGACGUACUGGAAGGACAGACUUAUUGACAGGAUUCGUGAUUUACAACGAGAGAGAGGCAUGCUGGAUGAGGGAGAUAUGAAGAUUGAACCUGAAGUGUCUGACACUCCAAGCUGUACAAACCCAGAACAGCAGAGUGGGGCAUCUGCGUUUUGGGCAGAGGCUCUUGGCAGUUUGGUGGGAGCAAGUGAAGCACUGAGCAACCAAAAGGAGAGUAGUGCCUCCGAAAUGGUAAGAGCGUACCUGUAUGAACAUCCUUUGCCCCAUACUGCGGACCCUCUGAGCUACUGGGAUGAGAAGAAGAGUGUGUGGCCAGCGCUCUGUCUGGUUGCCCAGCAGCUAUUAUCAUGUCCACCAGCCACUGUCCAAAAUGAACAAGUAUUUUCUGUUACAGGGAACAUUCUGAAUCCACAAGGCUUACAAAUGUCCCCACAACUGAUGGAGCAAAUAGCCUUUCUCAAGUACAACCUCCCCAAGUUAGGUUACCCUGCUCUUCAGUUUAAUAAUUAAGGUGUCAUCAAUUUCUGAAAAGUUGAUAAAAUCCAAUUACCCACAUACUUCUCCAUUCAAAAAUGUUUCAAAAUUUGUAAAAGUAUUCUAAAAUUUAGUAGGGAAUUUUUUUUACAAAAUAAUUUUUUUUCCCCAAGUAAAAUUCCUGCCGCUGCCUUACAUUUGUUUAAAAAUGCCUUUUAUUGUAGUGGUUUCACAAGGCCUGGCUGAACCUUGCGGUGGGACUACGCCUGUUACCUGCAGAUGCAGUUGGUAUAAGCUGACAGGGCACCUUUUUUCCCCGCUCUGAUAGACGGUCAUUCACACUACAGAUAAAAUGUGUGGGAAAGCUUUGGGUAUCUUAUGGUGGAAAGGGGUGAAUUAGUUGUCAAUUGCUCAUGCAUGUUUUCCUUUUUUUUUUUAUUCUAAAAAUCACCUCUCUUUCAAAUUCGCAUUUUGUAAAUGACUUCCAUUGUAGUGGUUUGGCCCUACCUGGCUGAUACUUGCAGUGUGACUCUGACUGCUAUCUCCACAGACGCAGUCGGUGUUAACUGAAAGGCACUGUUUUCCAUGCUGAAGGAUGCUCACUUAUUUUUCUUAGGAAAAAGUAAGUGGACAAUCGAUCAACCACUCAUCCUUUCAGCUCUCAAGAAGAAUCAAGGUGUCCCACAAAUCCAGUCUGUAGUGUGAGUGACCAUCCUUACGUUAGGAAAGAACAGUGCCUAUCAUCUUAUACCAACUCCUUCUUCCGUGGUAGCAGCCACUACAAAGGAAGGCAUUUAAAAACUGGAUGAGCAUCAGGAGGAGUAAUUUAAUUUAAAAAAAGGAGAUUUUUCUGAAUUUGAAUGAAAAAAGCGAGUGGGCAAUCGACUCAACAAAUGUUCACCACACAACCAGUCUGUAGCAUGAGUGACUGACUGUCCUUCCUUGUGCAACAAAAAAAUCAGUUCCCCGUCAACUUAUACGUUCCAAUUGAAAUCCUAUCUCUAAAUUUCUAGAAGUGUUCUACAAUGUGGUGGUGGUGCUGGUUGUAAUGCUUCCAAAUGCCUUUCAAUAUAGUGGUUUCCCAAUGCCUUGCCAUGUGACUACACCUGCUACAUCCUCAGGCACAGUUGGUAGAAGUAGAUUGGGCACAUUUGUCUUCACACUAGGAUGGUCACUCGCGCUACUAACUGAAUAUUUGGGAAAGUAAUGUUUCUCUCAGGAUGGAAGGGGUGGAUCUUAAAUUGCCAACUCAGUUUUUUCCUUUUAUUUUAUUUUUUAAAUCACCUUUUUUUCAACUUCAAAUUACCCCUGCGGCUGCCGAUUCCCAUUUUUAAUAUACGGUAUUUGUUUUGAAUAUAGAUGUAAUAAUAUAAAUUUGGCAUUUUCAAAUUGGCAUUGCAAACAUGCUUGCUAUUGCGUAGGCUAGGCAACAUUGAAGCCAUUUUUGCAUUGCAGAACUCUAAUAAGUUUUGGACAAACCACAUUUUUUUUGCUGUAAGCAAGUUUACUAAACAGCAAGUUGUGGUAACAGACAAUUUAAAAAUGUAGAUUAUAAUAACCAGCUUGGAAUAAAAAACUAAAUCACUAGCACAUCUUAGCUACCUCGUGCUAACUUUUGACAGCCUGUUCCUACCUCCCUUCACUGUUUAGUAGAUGAACCCCUAUGUGUUAAGAAUGUACAGUCCAUAGUAGGUUUUGUGUGGGGAGUUCUGUUGUGGUUGUUAGCCAGUCUGCUACACAUAUGUUCUUGCAGAGGACAUGCUGGCCCUGUGGAGGGAUUUUUCUUGGAAAAGCGUGUUUGAUGUUUUUUGAGGACCAUAUUAAAGUUUAUUUCCUAAAA